AUGAACCUUGAAUUUGAGACUAAAAAUGUCGUUACCAGAGGUACAAGACUACCUAUCCUGCUGCAAAAUGAAAAUGGUCCAUGUGCACUAAUAGCUUUGGCAAAUGUAUUGCUUCUAUCCCCUAAAUAUGCUUCGAAGGCAAGCAACCUUAUUAGACUAGUUCAAAAGCCUACUGUAACUUUGCAUGAUUUGGUUACUUCAUUGGCAAAUAUUGCUGUGCAAAACUCUACAAGCGCUUAUUCCGACACUGACAAGUUACUGAAAUUAUUACCACAACUCCAUACUGGAUUGCCAGUGGAUCCUGCAUUUGAUGGCACAUUCCGGGAUACACCUGAAAUGGCUCUUUUUAGGCUCUUUAAUGUCAAAUUGGUUCAUGGCUGGUUAGUGGACCCUGACCAAUUCCCCAACGACUACGAACGAAUCUCCCCUUAUUCCUAUGAUGAUGCACAGAAAACUCUCGUUCUAGUAGCUGAAUUCCAGGAAGAUCCACAAUCUACUCAACCGAAUAAGCAACUCCUAAAUGAUGCCGCAAUGCUAUGCGCAUUCUUGGAAGAGAGCGCCACACAACUUACUACUUACGGCCUUCAACAUCUAAAGAAACUUAUGCAGGAUGAUUGCUACGCAAUUUUGUUCCGUAAUAAUCAUUUCGCAACCAUAUAUAAGCACAACGGCGUGCUUUUCACACUUGUAACUGAUCUCGGGUAUAAAUAUCGCUCUGACAUUGUAUGGCAGUCACUAGACUUUGUAGACGGCUAUAGAGAUGAGUUUUAUACCGGAGACCUUACACCUGCCCCUAUGGAGCAUUCAAAUGACAGAAAUGACGCCAUGUUUCCCAGUAAUAUCGAUAAUAAUGGACCUCAAAACGCAAGUUUAGAACAAGCAAAAGACGCAUCUUUCCUCACAGAUGAAGAGCUUGCUAGAAUGAUGCAGCAAGAAGAGGAUAGGCGAUAUGCAAAAGCGAUGCAGAAGUCGUAUGAAAAGUCUCAUACCUCCAAGAAACAUGAUCUUAAAUCGCAAAGCGCCAACUCGAAUUGUACCAAAAUACCCAAAAAAAAGACUUGA